AUGAAGUAUCUAUCAAUCAUUUUAAGCUUUGUCGCAGCUUCAAAUGCUGCAUGGUGUAAUCACGGCUGGGGCAAGCCCUCGGGCGCUUCAUGCUACACUGGCUACACCAACACAUAUUGCUGUGAAAGCCCAGGCUCCAAACACGGCAGUUUCCAGGAGGAGAGACCUUGUUUUGACCCGCAUGCCAACGGGCGCCCGGUUCUUCAGUCCUGCGAGGGAAGCGGAUGA